GCCCGCCCUCACGUGCUCCCUCAGCCAUGGCGGCCUCCGGCACGGACGGCAGCGCGGCCCCGCUGCCCGCCUCAGCCCGACGCCCCACACGGCGAGUGGCACAGCAGAUACCUGAGGACAUCCUUGGGAAUGUGGAGCUGCAGAAAGCAGUGGAGGCCUUGCCCCAAAACUACAACUUCGAGAUCCCCAAGACCAUCUGGCGGAUCCGGCAGGCUCGGGCCAAAAAGGUGGCGCUGCAGAUGCCCGAAGGUCUCCUCAUGUUUGCCUGCACCAUCGCAGACAUCGUUGAGCGGUUCACGGAUGCGGAGGCGGUGGUGAUGGGUGACGUGACCUAUGGAGCGUGCUGCGUGGACGACUACACGGCCCGGGCCCUGGGCGCUGACUUCUUGGUGCACUAUGGACACAGCUGCCUGAUCCCCAUCGAUGCCACACAAGGUCUGAAGAUGCUCUAUGUGUUUGUGGACAUUAAGAUCGACACAUCCCAUUUCCUUGAGACCAUUUGCUUCAACUUCGCAGCGGGGACCUCCCUGGCCCUUGUCAGCACCAUUCAGUUCGUCUCCACGGUGCAGGCAGUGUCACAGGAGCUGCGCUCCCAGUAUAAGGUGUGUGUCCCCCAGUGCAAGCCGUUGUCCCCAGGGGAGAUCCUGGGCUGCACAUCACCCCGGCUCACCCAGGACACAGAUGCUAUCAUAUAUUUGGGUGACGGGCGCUUCCACCUGGAGUCCAUCAUGAUCGCCAACCCAGGGAUACCUGCUUACAGGUAUGAUCCCUACAGCAAGGUCUUCUCGCAGGAGCACUAUGGCCACGAGGACAUGCGCCGUGCUCGGCAGGACGCCAUCCGCACUGCCACCACUGCCCGCUGCUGGGGCCUCAUCUUGGGCACACUGGGGAGACAGGGCUCCCUUGGUAUCCUGCAGCACCUGGAGUCACGUCUCCGUGCCCUGGGCCGGCCCUUCGUGCGGGUGCUGCUGUCUGAGAUCUUCCCCAGCAAGCUGCAGCUCUUCCCUGAGGUGGACGCGUGGGUGCAGAUAGCCUGUCCCCGACUCUCCAUCGACUGGGGACAAGCCUUCAGCAAGCCACUGCUGACACCCUAUGAGGCUGCAGUGGCUCUCCGGGAUGUCGAGUGGCAGCAGCCGUACCCCAUGGACUUCUAUGCCAGCCAAUCCCUGGGGCCCUGGACGGUGAACCACGCCAGCAAACGGCCCCCGCCCCACGGACGGACCCCCCAGAAGCCACCCGUGCCCCCCACCCCGGCAAAGAGCGAUGAGCCGCUGAGCACCGGGGACCCAGGGGCCUCCUGAGCGCAGCCUGCACCCCAUCCCGCUGCCGCCACGCUCCGAGAUCCAGCGUGGGCACAGGCACCGGUUCCAGCAGCUCCGAGGGUAAGCGCCACCGGAGCCUCUCGGUACCGGCACUGGGAUGGACGGGGACGCAGCCCGUAGCUCAGUGGCACCGCUGCCCACACGGACGAACCUGGCUGCUCGUGGGAGUGGCUCCCUGCAGAGUCGCACCGUGGUGUGGGCUCUGUCCGGUACCACCGGGGGUCCCGCCUGGUCUGGUCCGGUCCGGUCCGGUCCGG